AUGCACUUUGCUUUCAUUCUCUUCGUUGCGGCUGUCUUUUUAUCGGCAUCCUCGCGGCCCCUGCUGAAGAGGAGUGUAAACCCUAAUCUUGUCCCUCAGUUCGGAGUGACUGCUGGAAUUAAAGCAAAUGGAUCGGCAAGCUGUGAAGGUAUUGAUGGUACCAACAAACAGCCUAUCCUUAUUCCCUGUCAAUGCCCUCCCAACCGCGAUUCUUUCAUUGAGGCUCUGAACGCAAACGUCGCUGCUAGCUACGUUAUAAAUAAUCCCAGCGUCGCAGUGUCGUUCCCCCAGGAUAACUCAACAGCGUCCCAACUAGCACGCCUCAAUGCAUGCCUUGUGACAUUGCAGAACCUCAAUGGCAGUGGCAUCGGCUGUCCGGCUUCCUCCACCACUUGGCUUGCUCUUGAACACUCGAUCAGAGAUGGAGGCUCUUCGUCGUCUACGUUGGAAGCAACAACUACCCUCAUCCCGACCGCGAGUAUCGUAUCCUCAGCUGCUCUAACAUCUGGUGUUGCUGCAUCUGCUUCAUCAAAGACAACAACAUCAGCGUCCUCCCCUGCGGUUGUUUCCAAUCCCUGUGGACUUGCAAGCGGUGCAAUAAGCACUGCCAGCGCGGUAUCUCCAUCACCUACCAGUGCGGUAGCCACUUCGAACGUCACAAUUGAUCCAAGCCUAGUUCCCGAGUUCGGUAUCCAGGCCGGCAUCAAUCCUUCUGGUACCGGUAACUGUGAUGGGAUUAAUGGUACCAAUGGCCAGCCCAUCUUGAUUCCUUGCGCUUGCCCUCCUAACAGGGAUAUUUUUAUUAAUGAAAUGAGCGCCAACGUAGCCGCAGGCUUCGUACUCAAUAAUCCAUCCGUCAAAUUGACAUUCCCGCUAGACAACUCGACCACCUCGCAGCUCGCGCGGCUUAACGCGGCAGCUGUCACUCUACAGAACCUUAACGGCACGGGCGUCGGAUGCCCUGUCGCUUCGACGACGUUCGCCACGCAGGAGGCGGUGAUCAAGGCCGAAUCCUCGUGA